ACAAAAGCCCCUCACAAUCCUCCCAAAUCCGCUUCCACUCCUCGCCCAAGGGCCUUUGCAUGGGCAAGCGCCUCCAGGCCGCCGCCGUAGCCGCCGCCGCGGUCCGCUCCUACGCCCGGAGCCUCCGCUCCCCCUCUUCCUCCUCAUCCACCGCCGGGAAGGCAGCGAAUACGCCGCCCGCCCCGCUGGAUACGCCCAGGAACUCCGCCGCCGCCGCCGCUGCGGCGGCCAGCUCUGGGCGCGCCGAGGUGCGGGAUUUGGCGGCGGCGUGCGGGCUCCAGGAGGACGAGCGGGUGCCGCUCGCGGAGGUGGUGUCAGACUGCACGAGGCGGUGGUUCCAGGACGCGCUCAAGGAGGCGCGCGCCGGCGACAUCACCAUGCAGGUGCUUGUCGGCCAGAUGUACCGCAGUGGAUACGGCGUCAACAAGAACGAGCACAAGGCAAGAGUUUGGAUGGAGAAAGCAUCAAGAUAUCGAUCUACAGUCUGGAAAGUUAGCAAUAAACGCCCAGGUUACAAUGCUAGUGACUCGGACUCAGUUUCAGAUGAUACCAAGGAAACAUACAAAUAAGGAAAUCUUGAGAGUUAUUAAUCCAUUUAAUGGGGUGACUACAAAACCAGCGAAGCAACACAAACUACUGCUUGAAGCUUCAGAUAUGCAGUUCUGUUGAAGAAUCCGUCCAUUGUCUCUGAUACUUAUCAUGCUGGUUAGAUAUUAAUGUGGUGUUUUUGGUUUUUUUCUUUUUUUUUCACUACACUGUAUUGUUAUGUUUUAGGGUUUUCUGCUGCCCUUUUUGUUUUGUGUCAAAUCUGCUUGUCAUCUGAAAAGUACAAUUCUCAGAAUGGAUUUACACUGAACAUACCAGGAGCAGGAUAUUCUAUUGCAUGUCUUGCCACUAGUACAUGUGCAUCAUCAGAGAUAUUGAUCAUAUUCAAAUAUAUGGGAAUUUUGAAUUGACUUGUGG